GAUACGAUCAUGAAAUCAAGGGAAAGGAAAAAAAAAACUCUCACUAUCUCUCUAUAUAUAAUAAUAGUACCAUUUUCUCUUACAAGGUUAAAAAAACUCUCCGUGUGAGAAGAGAACUUUUCAAGAGUUGAAAGCCAUGGCUAGAUGCUUAUUAAACCAACACAAAUUAUCUUCUCUUAUCUUCACCGUUAUUGUUUUGUGCUUAUUGGCAAAUCAUUCUUCCAUUGCUGAAAAGCUUCCAAGGUUGGAACACCAACGUGUAAACCAACAAUCUCUUAACUUUCUGGUCAUUGGAGAUUGGGGAAGAAAAGGGGAUUACAAUCAAUCUUAUGUCGCCAAUCAGAUGGGAAUUGUAGGAGAGAAACUAAAUAUAGAAUUUGUGAUCUCAACUGGUGACAAUUUUUACGAAGAUGGUCUAGAAGGAGUUGAAGAUCCAGCAUUCUACGAGUCAUUUGUCAAUAUCUACACAGCCCCGAGCUUGCAAAAGAUUUGGUACAAUGUUUUGGGAAACCAUGACUACAGAGGUGAUGUUGAAGCACAAUUAAGCCCAAUUCUGAGUCAAAAAGAUAGCAGAUGGGUUUGCCUUAGAUCUUUUAUUCUUGAUGCAGGAAUUGUAGAAUUUUUCUUUGUGGACACAACUCCGUUUGUAGAAAAGUACUUUACCGAUCCAGAAGAUCACACCUAUGAUUGGAAUGGUGUGCUUCCUCGCGAAUCUUACCGUGCAGAACUCUUGAAGGAUGUUGAUUCAGCUUUGGUGCAAUCCAAGGCAAAAUGGAAGAUAGUGGUUGGUCAUCAUACCAUCAAAACUGCUGGUCACCAUGGCAAUACCCAAGAGCUUGUGGAGCUCCUUCUUCCCAUCUUAAAGUCAAACAAAGUUGAUGCAUACAUCAAUGGACAUGACCAUUGCUUGGAGCACAUAAUUGACAAAGAGAGCGGAAUACAAUUUUUUACAAGUGGAGGCGGAUCAAAGGCGUGGAGGGGUGAUAUCCAGCCAUGGAAUGCAGAAGAAUUGAAGUUGUAUUAUGAUGGGCAAGGAUUCAUGUCUGUGCAGAUCAGUGAAACUAAUGCAGAUAUUGUAUUCUAUGAUGUUUUUGGCAAGGUUUUGCAUACAUGGAGCAUAUCCAAAGAACUUAAAGCAAAUGCAUAGAUACCAUAAGCUAAAAAUAAACAUAGAUUAAAUUAUGUGGAGGAUAUAUAUUUCCCCACAAAUAUUUUAGUCGUUCCAAAAACGAACUAUAAAUUUGUAUGCCAAAAUGGAGCAUUCUUGCACCUUGGACUUAUUAUUAUGAUUAUAGAUUCCCUUUGCCAUUCAAUUGAA